UUUACCGGCGUCCUCAGCUUACCACCACAGCAUUCGGAGUCUGUAACUGGUUCUUCAGGUAUAGCACUUGCACAGAGUACAGUAAACUCGCUGGCUGAUCAUAUCGAUGGACACGGCGCCGGUCUGCCUCGACCUCAUGGUCGGGCUGCCCAUGGCCCGGGAGCCGUCGUCGUGUACAGGAACGAGGACGCUAGCUGAGGUUCCUAGCCCGGCCUGUGGCAGAGCAGCUUCCAUGACCAACGAAGAGGCCAAGAUCCUGCAGGCGAAGCUCGCGCAGGUGAGCGACGAGAACCGGAGGCUGACGGAGAUGAUCGCCCACCUGUACGGCAACAGGGUCGCGCGGGAGAGCUCGCCGUCCGCCUGCACGGCCGCGUCGCCGUCGAGCAACAAGAGAGUCAGGGCCCUCUCGCCGCCCGCCACCAGCACGGCCGCGUCGCCCGCGAGCAGCAAGAAGAGGGGCAGGGAGAGCGAUAGCGUCGAGACGUCCAACUCACGCGGCGAGGCGGCCAACUGCGACAAGAAGAGCGGCACGGUCGACGCCCAACAUGUCGACAGCCCGCUUAGAGACGACGGCACUUACCGGAGGAUCAAAGUCAAGAGGGUCUGCACCCGGAUCGAUCCGUCGGACACCAGCCUCGUUGUGAAGGAUGGGUAUCAAUGGCGGAAGUACGGACAGAAGGUGACACGGGACAACCCGUCCCCCAGAGCCUACUUCCGGUGCGCCUUCGCGCCCUCCUGCCCUAUCAAGAAGAAGGUGCAGAGAAGCGCCGAGAACAGCUCGGUGCUGGAGGCGACGUACGAAGGCGAGCACAACCACCCGCAACCCACACGCGCCGGGGAGCUUACUUCGAGCUGCGUGACACGAAGCGGCUCCGUGCCGUGCUCCAUCUCCAUCAACUCCUCCGGCCCGACCAUCACGCUGGACCUCACCAAGAACGGGGGAGGGGUUCAGGUCGUCGAGGCAGGGGAGGCGCAACAGCCGGACCUGAAGAAGGUGUGCCGGGAGGUCGCGUCUCCGGAGUUCCGGAGGGAGCUGGUGGAGCAGAUGGCCCGCGAGCUCACCAGCGACCCCAACUUCACCGGCGCGCUCGCCGCGGCAAUCCUGCAGAAGCUGCCGGAAUAUUAGCGUUGAGAAAUUACAGAGGCUGUGUGUGUGUGUGGAUGCUUCAGAAACUUCCAUCCUGUGCUCUAGUUACAGCAGUUGUUCAGAACACAAGGCAGCACUUUCCUACUGAAGGUUAGAGCCUGGUGUCCCAAAGUUGAGCUGCAGAAUUUGCAGAUCGCUUGAUGUUUUAGGAUAUAAAGUUGUCUAUAUCGAAUAAUGUUGCACAUUUUGAAAUCCACAGUUUCAUCACAAAUUCGAAAUAAAGACUGUGCUGAAAGACUAUUUGGUGGUGGUAA